UGGUGCGUUGCUUGACGUGUGAAUAGUGUGCCGAAUGAACCUGUCAAAAUUCUACAGACAAUUAUUACGCGUCUGCAAUUGCAAUCAUAGAACAUACUUCGAUCCUCCCUACAGUCGAAUAAUCUCUUCCAAUGGGUACGAUAGAGGAAGGAUAUUGUCAUGAUGACUUGGACUGUUCUAACAAACAGUACUGUUAUCCUGUCUCCAGACAAUGCGUCAAUUAUACUGUGUGCCAAAGAUAUAAUCGAAAAGAAAGUCAAAAACCAGCUCGAAAUCCAUCGCAAUGUGGACCAUGCACUCCUGGUUAUGCCGCAGAGAGACUUGCAACAGGAGAGGAGGCCUCCUUGUGCAAGAAAACGAGCAUCCACGAAAAUAUGCCCGGAGUUGGCAGAAACACUUUCAUCAUCUCUGCAUCAAUUGCAGCUUUCCUUCUGGUAGUUAUAUUGUCUGCAGUAUUUUACAAAAAACGAGCCGCAAGACAGAGAAAUUAUAAUAAAGAAAUGUGCGGUGAUACUAUGGAACCAAGUGCUCCGCCGGUUGAAGCCAGUCCCUUUAUUGAUCAUCAGAAGAGCUUACCAUACAUCUUAUAUAAUAAUAACAAAAACGUGAAAGAUAAAAAUACACUAGUGCAUGCAGGCCUUUUGAAGCCUCCGAAUUGGGUUCAAUGUCAUCCCAAUUAUGAAAAUAAUUUAAAUAAUAAUAACGAUAAUACGAACACACUAGAGCAUUCCAGACUUGAAACACCUUCGACUAAUGAUUCCAACACGUGGAUUACACAGCACACACAAGAAAUAGUAAAUGCAGAACAAAGUUCAGAACAAAUGGAUAAUAGUGCCAAUGCAAACAUUGUUCAAAUGAAUAACUCGUCGUCUGAUGACAGCAAUAAUACUACUACUAAUAAUAGUUAUACUAAUAAUAGUUAUACUAAUAAUACUAAUAGCUCGGCGUCAGGAUCGAGCAAUACUCGAGAUGGUCGCGAACGAUCGCGACGAUCAAAUAUUUUAAUUGCUCAAAUAAACUUAAAUGUGCGAAACGGUGAUUGUUAAUCGUAAAGGAUACUGAUAUUACCAUGUAAUAUUUUAUCAUGCA